GUAAUAUUAAAUUAUGAAGUGAAAUUGUAAUCUAUCAACCAAAAGCAAAGAAAGAGAGGGGGAAAAAACACAAGGAAAAAAAUGGCUCAAUUGGCUGCUUUGUCGGGAAAGCAAGCUGAUGAGUACUUGAACGCAAGGCCGAAAUAUCCUACAAUAUGGUACAAAGUGUUGGCUGGUCGAACCAGCAACCAUAAGGUGGCUUGGGAUGUUGGGACCGGCAACGGUCAGGCUGCUAUUGGGGUCGCUGAGUACUACCAGAAAGUGGUGGCAACUGAUAUAAAUGAAUCACAACUCCAACGUGCAAUGAAGCACCCAAAAGUCACUUACUAUCACACUCCAUCAUCAAUGUCCGACGACGAUCUAGUGACUCUACUCGGUGGAGAAAACUCCAUAGAUAUCAUAAUAGCCGCUCAAGCUCUUCACUACUUCGACCUAAAGAGAUUCUACCCCAUAGUGAAACGUGUUCUUCGUAAACAAGGCGGUAUCAUCGUAGUUUGGGUUUACAACGAUCUCAUCAUCACCCCAAAGGUUGAUUCCAUCAUGAAACGUCUUGUGGAUUCAACAUUACCUUACAGAAACCCGACUAUGAAUUUGGCGUUUGAUGGUUAUAAAACAAUAGAGUUUCCUUUUAAAAACAUUAGGAUGGGGACUCAAGGAAGGCCUAAAGCUCUUGACAUCCCACACAUGCUUUCGCUAGAUGGAUUUCUAGGGUUCUUAAAAUCAUGGCAGCCUCUAGUGAAAGCAAAGGAGCAAGGAGAGGAUCUUUUAACUUCUUAUAUGAUUGAUGAGUUUAAGGAAGCUUGGGGUGAUGAUGAACAAGUCAAGGAUGUUCACUACAAGGCAUUUAUGCUUGCAGGGAAACUUUAGGUAAUUAAUAUAUGUUCCCCUUUGAGAUAUAUAUUAACUAUAUGUCAUACACGCAUGUCAUCAAUGAUCAAUCGAAUUAGGAUUGAAAACUUAUGUUUAACAGGUCUUGAGAGCAACCUGGUUGAUUUAAAUGCGGAUCAUUACUUUGUAUAACUUUCGUUUCUGUAUAAAUUAAUAUAUUAAUUAAUAUAUUUAUAGCACUGUAAAUAUAAAGAUGUUAUAUAUAAAUAAAAGGUUAAUAUAAGCAAG